AUGGAGAGGUGGGCCGAGAAUCCAAGUGAGGGUCCUGGGGAGGCAGGGCGCUGGGCACGGGUGGCGGGCGGGGCUGAGUGGAGUAUUGCGGACCCGCGGGCGGGGGCUGCGCAGGGCGAGGCGGCUGCAACGGCAGGAAAACAAGCGCGCCAGCAGGAGCGAGCCUUGAGUCCUACGUCCGCGGCCUGUCGGCGUCUGGGAGCAGGACUAGGCUGGGAGCAGCGCUGCGGGGGCCGCGCCGGGGCGGGGGGGGGCCUCAGACGGGGCGUCCUGUGCAGCGCGGAGCCGGAGGGCGGGGCCGCUCCGGGGAGCGCGGCUCUGGGCUCUGGCGAAGCAGUCCCCCGGGUGGCGGCGACCGAGCGGCCAAGGACACCUGCAGGCUUCCCGAGCCGCUCCGAGCGGGAGCCUCAGCGCAGGGCCCCGGCGCCGGGCUCCUGCGAUCGGGCGGCGCUGGGAGCCGAGCCAUCCACGCGUCUACCCAUCUCUGGGCGGAGAAGUGGCCUAGGGGAGGGGACGCUUGGGAGCCGGUGGGCAGGGACUCAGGGGGCUCCUGGUCUCCCUCCUGCGAUGGCUGCGGAUGCCACGCUCCAGUGGCGCCUUUUCCUCCCGGCCCCGCCUCGCCCGGGCGCGCCCUCCUCGGGCGGGGUGGUUGGGGCGCGGCGCGGGGCCAGUCCCGUGAGCUGCAGGGAUCUCGCGGCGGAGCUCAGUCUGCCUCCGCCGAGCAGAGCCAAGCUGAGGCGCGUAACCCCCUCUUCGCCAGCGCACAUCCCUGCGCACCGCCCCUGCGCGCCUCCGCCACCAUCCCCUCCCGCCCCCUUUGGCCCCGCUUGCGGCCUCCCCGGAGCCCGCAGCUCCUCCCACUGCAGCCCGCUGACACUGAAGCGCUCUGGACCCCUGACUUCUAACCUCGGCCUCGCCUCUACCCGCCUCUUCUGUCUGCGCCGGUCGCCCCCUCCCCGCCUAACUGAUCGUAUUGUUGCCAUUUCACUGCGGCUGACUGGAGGCCGGGAAAGGUAG